AUGCUGGCCGGCGCGGGCCUGCCGCUGAGGCGGAAGUUUUUGACCGAUUUCGUCUUCGCCGCCGCCCGCCAAGCCGUCUCAUGCCGGCGAACUCUCGCGGUGGAUUUGAGCGUCGUCUCUCUGGUCGCCAACACUCUGCUCCUCCUCGUCUCGAUUAUUUUCUUUUGGGCGAAAUCUGCCACUCUUCUCAAUAGACCUCUUCCUCCGAUUCCGAAUCUGGAGAUUUCGAAUGAGGUUGUAGAGAAGGCGACGGAGAGAGUUAGGGUUUGGAUUAAUCGGGUGUUGUCCGUGGCGAGAGAUAUUGGAGUUGGGAGGGAUCGAAAGGUUUUCCUGCAGGUCAUCGUGGGACUGUGGAUCGUUUCGUACAUUGGAAGUUUGUUUAGUAUCUUCACUCUUAUUUACAUGGGGAUUGUUCUCGCACUUACUGUUCCUGUAUUGUACGAGAAGUACCAGGAUCGUGUUGAUGAGAAGCUUGGCAUGGCACACAAGGUGCUUUUGAAGCACUACAACAAUGCUCUGAGCAGAAGCAGUAGUCAAGCAAACAAGAAGGCCCAAUAGAAAGAUGGGAUGUAUCAUUUAUUUGAUGCUUCAACUACAAGUAGAGCUGUGAUGUGAAAAUUGCUAUGGAAACACUGUUUCAUCAUGCGUUAGGCGUUGACUGGUCCACAGAAGAGUAUUCGAGUUGCCAGCCCCUUGUUAAUAUUGUUCUGUUCACCAAUUUCAUCCUGCAGUGCUAAAUCUUUAUUAGAAAAAUUAGUGCAAAGUAUUCAAUAUCAUUGACGGUAACCAUCUUGUAUCAAAAGAGUACUUUUUGCAUGACGAGGUUUCAUAUUCUGGUAUGUUUGUGUUAACAAAUCGUUGUUGUUAUUUUCGAUUUCUACUCGAAUUUCUCGUAAGGUCAAUUUGUGGUGGUUCUGGUUUAAUAGCCAGCUGAAUGUAUUGUUGUAUCAUCUUUCGAUUGAAACAUUAUCUUUGUCAA